CUAGAACCAGUUGGACGUAGUGAACAACAGGUCGCAAGCUGCGAGGGAUUAUGCUGUAUCGACAUGUGGUGAGAAGAUCAUGGCAGUCGGCUUCUAGAGCGAACUCUCUCUCCUUUACCCCUCGACAUCUCUCCUCGGCACUCCCACGGCCGUCCGCUGUGGCCCUAGGCAAGCGACCUGCUCUAUCAUCACAGCAAUCCCUAUUCGCCGUCGGUAGCUCUCGAAGCAUAUCAUGGUCACCAUUCAAAAAAGCAUCCCCCGUGGAGGAUGCCGUUCCGUUCGAGUCACAGGCAUCGACUUCGGCUACCCCAGCCUAUACGAACUCUCUCGAUACUUCACCUGAACCGCCCUCUCUGAAUGAAGCUAUCACCUCAUCCCUCAAAACAUCCACCUCAGACCCUGUAGUACCACCUUCUUUCGUCCAAGAAGCACCCCUGGCCCAAGAUGCGCCUCUUUCCCCCCUUGAUUCAAAUACAAUACCAGAUGUCUCCACCAUCGCAGAAGUCAUUCCUACCCCAUCACCGACUCUGGAAGAUCUAAUCUUACACUCCGGUUCUUCAUUGGCCGAUGUUCUUCAAUCUCCUGAGGCGAUUCAUGCCAUUGUCAAGAGAUCUGAUCUUUCUUUGAUGGGAUUAGAUCAUGGUCUCUGGUCUGUAUCCGGUCACGUCCGCGAUGGUCUGGUCGCGUUACAUUCCAUAACUGAUCUUCCAUGGUGGGCUACCAUCGCAGCUCUUACAGUUUGUCUCCGAUUGUUAAUGGUACCACUCAUCGUCCGAAAUCAAAAACAUAACGUUCGUCUCCAAGCCGUUCAACCUCAGAUGCAAGCUCUUAUGAUCCGAUUGAAAGAAGCCAAAGCCAAUGACGAUCAAACGACCACACAACUCACUACUCAAGCCCUUGGAAACCUCUUGAAGGACAAUGACGUCUCUCCUUUACGUCCGUUGUUCCCUCCCUUGAUACAGAUGCCUUUUUUCUUAGGAAUGUUUUACGGGUUACGGUCGUUGGCGGCCGCACCAUUGCCGGCUUUGAAAGAAGGAGGUUUAGGUUGGGUUACGGAUCUUACGAUACCUGAUCCUUAUUAUAUUUUACCUAUAACCAGUAUGCUCUUGACUAAUUUGGUAUUCAUCACUGGUGCGGAUGGGACUGGUUCAGCUCAAACUUCGACGAGUGCCAAUGGGAUGGACAUGCGGCAUGUUAGGAAUUUCUUGCAAAUGGCUACCAUUAUAGCAGUCCCAUUUGUAGGAUCAUUUCCAGCUGCCGUCCUGUUCUACUGGACAUUCACAAACGCUUUCACACUCCUCCAAGCCACUCUCCUUCGACAACCAAUCAUCAAAUCCAUCCUCCGAAUCCCAACCCCACCCAAAAUAGAAGCUCCACCCACCACUCCGUCACCGAAACCAUCUUGGCUCGACACCCUGCGAGCUAUACGGGUCUGGUUCAGUGAGACA